CGAAAUUCCCAUGAAAUAAUAAAAAUGAAGAUCUCUAAGAAGAAGUGUAAGAAACAAUUCUAGUUUUGUUUAAUGGAACAUGUCAAAGUCCAAAGAUCAGAAUGAGGAAUCCGAUGUGGAACUAGAUGAGUAUUAUCAAGAGACUAUAGGUGAAACAAAACGUUAUAUUUCGCGUCUAAAGGAUCCACAAGUAGCUCAAGUUUGCAAGAAAUGGAUUGAAAGACUGAAUUACGCGAAGAACCAACGACCAUUGAGGAACCAGUACCUCGCAGAGUUAUAUUGGAGAUUAAAAGAUGGACAAAUCGAGGGGGUGUUCAGAAGAGCGCCAUCGAAAGGUCCAUUGGUACCUUAUCAAAAGCCAUUAGUCACAGAGACAGAUUCCUGCAGUGAGAGUUCUGCCUCCACACAAAUAGCUCGUUCCUGUAAACACCACUGGGUGAGAAGUAAAGAGCCAUCUCGGCCCGAAUCACCACCCAAAUCACAAGAGGUAGUGGAUGAAACGGACGAAGCACUCAGUCAAGAUGGAAGAUCCGAACUUUCACCAAAAGCUCAAUUCUGUCUGGAGAAUACAUCCAAAGUUCAAUUGCAUAUUCACCAGCAGAAAAUCGACCAUUUGACAGACACUGUUAGAGGCUUACAGGCGAAGAAUGAGUACCUAAAUCAACAACUAAUACGGAGACAAGGACGCGAGGAUGGUAACGAAGUGCAUCAACUUCGAGUGACUGUCAAACAGAAAAAUGGGGAGAUAAGCGAUUUGAAAUCUAGGGUCUUGCAAGUGCAGCAGAUGAACAAGAAUAUUAAGGAUUGCCACGAGGAGAUUAUCCAUCGGUGCAGGGAUGCCAUGGAUGAGCAGGUCCAGAGGUUCAAGUUUAAAUUGAGGCAGGAGGAAAUGAAGAGUGAACAAUUAAGCCAAGAAGUUGAUAAGUUGACGUUAAAAGUAGAGAAACUUUCUCAGGAAAAGGAAGAAGAAUUAAGGCUGAAGCAGGAAAAUCAGGAAGAGUUACAAGCCGAUCGAGAGCGAGCAUUUGAAUCGAAAUACAAACAUUUGGAGUCAAUUAAUGGAGAUUUAAUAAGGGAAAACGAAAUGAAGGAAAAAAAUAUUCUUCUAUUGAAUACUAGACUUCAAGAAUUAGAAAAUAAAUUACAAUCAAAGUCCGAAGAGGAAGCUAAAUUGCAGUCUUUGUUGAAUGAUCAAUGUUCCACCAUGAAAGAUGAGUUCAUGAAAAUACGAAACGAGAUGGAAGAAGCGAAUAAACAACAGAAUCAAGUACUCAUCCAAAAGAUAUCAAGUCUUAAGAAGUGUCUCCUGAAGCUGGAGAAGUCGAAACAGAAGAUUAUUUUAGACUACAAGCAGAAGAUCUUCGAAAUGGAGAAAAAUAAGGAGAUCGAGAUGAAAACAUUAGAACUGCACCUACAGGAACAACACAACGAGCUAUCGACUUCUCUGAGCUCUGAAAAACAAUGCGAACUAGAUAGUCUAGUGAAUAUGUUGGAAGAGAGGUACAAGGGGUUUGUAAUAAAAACAGAGGCAAUGGCCGAUAGUCAACGACAAAAAUAUCUUCAAAAGCUGACAGACUUGGAAAAUCAAUUAUGCUACUUGAAGAGUACUAUAAAAACCGAUGGGACUUACGUUUAGUAGACCAUUCAGCCAAACAACACAGCUCGAUGAUUUCCCACACACACUUAAAGCACACAAAUCACUCAACCGUCCGUUUAAUAAUUAAAAGAGCAAUAUUCACCAAGGC